CGAUUUAAAUUAACGUUAAAAGUACUGGAAAAAUAAAACGGAUAUAAAUAAAAUAAAAACAUUUAGAUUAAAUGUGAAAAAUCAAAAAGUAUAUAUUUUUAAUUCUAACCUCAAUAAAAAAUAGAAGAAAAUAAAAAUAUAUGAAAAAAUAAAAUACUGCAAAAAUAAAACUGAAAUUUUAAUUCAAUGUAAAAGAAAUACCCCCAAAAAAGUUACAUAUUUCUGAAUGACAAUAAACAGCUGUGCACGUGAGCAAACACCGUGAACUGUGACCGGAACUAAUGAGAAACCUCUCGGUGGAUUCCUGAAGCUCGUCUUCAAACAUCGAGUCAGUUUAUUUAUUUCCCUCAUGAGAACAUUUGAAAUCUAUCACAUCAAACUGAAUGUCACACUUGCAACAGAGACCUCUAGCACAGCUCUCUCUCUUCCUCUCUCCCUACCUCUCCCCCCUCCUUUCUCUGCUCUCCCUCUUUCUUCCUCUCUCACUCCCUCCUCUCUCUCUCCCACUCUCUUCCUCUCUCUAUUUCUCCAUCUCUUCCUCUCUCUCUCUCCGUCCCUGUCUCUCCCUCCCCCCCCCCUCUUCCCUUUCUGCUCUCCCUCUCUCUCUAAACAUGUAAUUACAUUCUAUAGAUUUCAACCCCAUUGCCAGACCAUUUAAAUGUUUCCAUCGUGCGUUUCUGAGAUCAAAACAGGAGAAAGGGUUGAAGAGAAUACAUUUCAUAUUUUUUACGGUUGAGCGUGAAAUUGUAAUUUAGCUCUGAGCCACUCUUUGCUCUGUGGCUCCUCUACAGGUCACGAUGAGCAAACACACUAAACACACAGAGCUCGUAAUAAUGAAUAUGUUACCGCGCUGUCGCCAUAUUGUCAUCGUCUAGGCGACGACUGGUCCACGUCUGGAUCCAGACAUUCAUGAAACUAGUAGUAAACACCAUGCUGAGUACUCUCGGCUUGUUUGUGUGGUUUCGGACGAUGUGAUUGGCUCUCAGGUGAAACUAGGAGUAAAAACCAUGCUGAGUACUCUCGGCUUGUUUGUGUGGUUUUGGACGAUGUGAUUGGCUCUCAGGUGAAACUAGGAGUAAACACCAUGCUGAGUACUCUCGGCUUGUUUGUGUGGUUUUGGACGAUGUGAUUGGCUCUCAGGUGAAACUAGGAGUAAACACCAUGCUGAGUACUCUCGGCCGCUGCUCUGCGCUUCAUUUUUCUUUAUUUUUUCCGCCGCUGCGUUUACUUCCUGUAGACCGACUGCUGAGUACCUCUCCUCUUAUUGUAGUGUUUUGGACGAUCUGAUUAGCGAAUUGCUGCUGCUUAACGCCUAAACCGCAGGGCGAGUUUAACUUUGUGUUUUGGGCACGAUUUUUUUACAAAGUGUGUUAAGCAACAUUCAGGAUUUAAUUGUUUUAACCUCGGGGAUCCCCGAACUUUCAAAUUUAGUUUUAAAUGUUUCAUUUGACCAUUAGUUUGAUUUAUAAAUGUUUAUAAUGCACAUUUUAUGAUAAAUAAACACACACACACCACUCAAAGAUAGCGAAUAGCCUUCAUUUCACCACACACACAAGACAGGAACUGAUCUUUAAAGUUUCUAAUUCAUUUUCCGUUCUGUGUUGUUAUAUAUAAUUUUUUUUAGAUCGACGGCACUUAAUACGACAUUGCAGUAUUAAAGAACCGAAAAGAGGAAGAGUGAGAACGAUGCAGAUGGAAGGAGUUCAGAUUGAGGAGAGAGAAACGGAAUUGAAAUAGAGAGAGGAGGGGGAGGAUGAGAGGGAUGGUGGGGGGUGUUCUCUUCUCUGAUUGGCUGCUGGCUCUCCCCUCUUCAGGCUGCUCUGUGCUCCGCGGCUCAGACGCGCCAGAGGAGAGCGGCGCAGCAGCCGGAGCUGUCAUUCAUUCCAUGCGAAUAAUUCUUCCUUUUCCUCCUCUUCCUCUUCCUCCACGAACGAGCCCGACUCAACACGUUGUGCUUCCCCGCGUUCGGACCUGGACGAUGCCGCAGUGAGGGACCGGAGCUCUGCUGGCUUCCACCGCCUCGGGUUCAUUUAAAAAGAAAAAAGAGGAGAAAAUCUCCGGCGUCUGUGCGCAUCAUUUCUGGAAAAGGAUACGAUCUUUAAAAAAAAAAUUGUAUUCGCACCUGGACUACAACUUCGUGAGGACAACAUGCCUCAGACUGCGCCCUUCACCGGCAGCUACAACAAGAAUCUGUACCAGCCCAAGGAGGAGGGCUACUCCGGCCUCUACUACCACGACAACAACCUGGCGUCCGGGUCCCUGGAGGCCCUCAUCCAUCACCUGGUCCCCACCGUGGACUAUUAUCCAGAUAGGACGUACAUCUUCACCUUCCUGCUCAGCUCUCGUCUCUUCAUCCGCCCCCAUGAGCUCAUGUCCAAGGUGUGUCAGCUGUGCGUGGAGCAGCAGCGGCUCAGCGACCUCCCAGCGGACAAGAUGAGAGUCAGGAAGAUCGCCCCCAAGAUCCUCCAGCUGCUGACAGAGUGGACGGAGACGUUCCCGUACGACUUCAGAGACGAGAGGAUGAUGAGGAGCCUGAAGGAGCUCACCCACCGGCUGGCCGCCGGGGACGAGGUCUACAGGAAGGCGGUGGGACAGAUAAGCCAGGGUCUGAUCCGGAGGCUGACGGUGCUCGGCCAGUACGAGGAGGCGCUGGUGAAGAUCAACGUGGCGGCGGCCGAGCGGCUGGCGGCGCUCAAGGCGAAGCCGCAGGCGUCCGUCCAGAGGGACGCGCUCGCCGUCUGCAACGACCCGUUCACCGUCGCCCAGCAGCUCACGCACAUCGAACUGGAGAGGCUGAGUUACAUCGGACCGGAGGAAUUCGUUCAGGCCUUCGUCCAGAAGGACCCUCUGGACAACGAGAAGAGCUGCUUCAGUGACCACAAGAAGGCCAGCAACCUGGAGGCUUACGUGGAAUGGUUCAACAGACUCAGCUACCUGGUCGCCACGGAGAUCUGCAUGCCCGUGAAGAAGAAGCAGCGAGCUCGAGUCGUGGACUUCUUCAUCGACGUGGCGCGAGAAUGUUUCAACAUCGGCAACUUCAACUCCCUAAUGGCCAUCAUCUCCGGGAUGAACAUGAGUCCGGUGUCUCGGCUCAGGAAGACAUGGAGCAAAGUAAAGACGGCCAAGUUCGACAUCUUGGAGCACCAGAUGGAUCCUUCCAGUAACUUCUUUAACUACCGGACGGCUCUGAGAGGAGCGACGCAGCGCUCACUCACCGCCAACAGCAGCAGAGAGAAGAUCGUCAUCCCUUUCUUCAGCCUGCUCAUCAAAGACAUUUACUUCCUCAACGAGGGCUGUGCCAACCGGCUGCAGAGCGGACACGUCAACUUUGAGAAAUUCUGGGAACUUGCCAAACAGGUGAGUGAGUUCAUGGCCUGGAAGAAAGUGGAAUGUCCGUUUGAGAAAGAUCGCAAGAUCCUCCAGUACCUGUUGACGGCUCCAGUGUUCACUGAAGAUGCGCUGUACCUCGCAUCCUACGAGAGCGAAGGGCCCGAGAACCACAUGGAGAAGGACCGAUGGAAGUCUCUGAGAUCCUCUCUGCUGAGCAGAGUCUAACCCGAGGCAGUGACGACCAUCCGGACGCCGUCGUCUGGAUCAACGUACCCCGUGUUGAAGGGAAAUGACAAUCUGACCUCUGACCCCAUCUUCACGUUUAUAUUAUGGCUCCUCCCCCUUUCGCCUCGUUGUGCUGUUUCAGGACAGCUGUAUCCUCUCUUUGUAUGACUUUAUAGUCUUUUUUAAAAACCUCCCGAGAGUCGCUACUUUUGUUGUUGUUGUUGUUGUUUCCAUUGAAGCUACAAAGUUAGCCGCUGGUUGGCUAACUCAACAGAAGACGUCAAUAAGCGUCCAGUUUUCGUAAGCCGGCGUCUUUUAUAACAGAGAACAAAAAAACUGUUGUUUAUCUUUUGAAGCUCUGCGAUAUUUGUAUAUAUUUUUUGUGUGUGUGAUUUUCACGUUUCUUCCUGAAAUUGUUUAAUUGUGUAAAAAAAAUGCACCGGCUGCAUUUCGAAGAUUAUUAAGAGGUUAUUUUGUUGUUGUUUUGUUCGUAGUUUUUUCACUAGCGAACUUUAACCAACGGGUUUCGUCUAAAAAACAGAUUUCUCUGGUUUUCGGGUGUUUUUUAAGACGAUGCUAACGUAACGGAUGACGUCGUGAUGGUGCGUUCACUGUCGUGCACGAUAGUUGGUGUUUUAACAUUAGCCCCACUGCUGCUGAGAACAUAAAAAAACACCUUUCACACUUUGUCCUUUUUGGUUCCUGCUCCAAAGUAGAAAAGUGUGCGUUUUCUGCCCCCUGGUGGUUCAGUCCAAUAAUGUGAACUGAGGAUUUCUACACUUAAAUAAUAUCGUUUUUAUUUUUCAUGUUAUUAAAACAGAAAGUACAGUUUCCUCUAUUGUUUUUAUUAUUUAUAAAUCUAUGUGUAUGUAUGUCCUCAUGCCAAUAUUUACUAUUUUAUUGUUAUUUAAUUUUAGGGACAUGUUUUAAGUAUAUCACAUUUUGGCUUAACCAUUAUUUUUAUAUAAGAAGUUUGUAUGAAACAUUUAUUAUUGAGGUAUUAGCUCAGAGAAUUAAGUUAAGUGACAGACGUCUGCUUUGCCUCCUCUGUUGUUCUUUAUUGUAAAUAAUGUGUUUGUUUGUUUUUAUUUACUUCCUCUGUUUAUUCAUUUUGUAUUUUUUGACCAUUGAAAUGGAAAAGAAAUGUUUAUAAAUGAAUUGUGUUUAAAAGAGUUAAUAAAAGGAUGUUUGAAAGUA